AUGGCCAAAAUGCCUGCAUUCGACGUGAAGGUGGCGGUUGAGUCCGCAAACUCCUAUUUCGGCACCGAUGACGCGUACAACGGUGUACCGGCCCCCGCUCAGCAGGACGCAGCUGCCACGCCAGCGUAA